AUGACAGCUGGUACAGUAUUGCAAGGAGAAAGUCUUGCAUUCAAAGUGAAUUACGAAGACUAUGAUUAUACUCUGCAUAUUACCGAUUACAGUAAUGGGACUGCGACGAUUAUGGACUUAGCAAACGAUACUAUGAUGGUGUACUAUGCAGGCGCACGGCAGAUUUAUUCCUCUGAUGGAGAGUUAACAGAUGAUCUGGAUUAUCUGUUCGACGAUGCUCUUGUUGUCGAGAGUGAGUUCACAAAUAGCGGGUCGGUCAGACAUUGUACAAGUCUAAAGUGACA